UCAGACAUUGAGCAGAAGACCUCUCACUUUAAUAUUCACAAGCGUCCUUGUGGACACGCCAGUUUAUUUGACUGAUUUGAGAGCGACUUGCAGCAAAUUACUUCUGGUCUGCGUUGACAGGAGCUUUGACCCUUUUCUGGACAACAGUCUUUUUCGACUAGCUUCAACAUACAGCAUAGCAGAACCUGCAACAAUGGCUGUCGGUAGGAUGUUGUUCCCGCUGUGCUUGGCCAUGGUGGCCUUCUUUGCUUCUAAAAUCGAGCGAGCGGCUGGACAAGCGCAGUUACCCCACAACCCAGCACAGUACACCCCAGGUGGUGGAGGAGGUGCAGGUCAGCAGCAGUUCCCGGGCAACCCAGGCGGUGGUGGUGCAGGACAGCAGCAGCAGCAGUUCCCGGGCCAGUAUAACCCUGGCAUGCCGCCAUCGGGAAUGCGAUACUGCGCUCCCGGAGAGUUCUUUUUCCCCGGAACGCAGAUGUGCUGCCAAGGCGAAGUUCGCCCGAUUAUUUCGCCACCUCAGUUUGCUCAAUGUUGCGAAAAUGAGGUAAUCGACAACAGAACUGAGAAAUGCUGCAUGGGCGUGGAGCGUGCACAGGCCUUCCAGGCAUGCUGCGGGCCCGACGCGUAUGAUCUACAUAACCAGGAGGCCUGCUGCAAUAAUAUCCAGAUCUAUGAGCCACAUCAGGAGAUCUGCUGCGGCAGUGGCGUGUACUCAAGCUGGACGCAUAUCUGCUGUAACAACAGACCAGUCGCUACAUGGGCUGGCGCGCCAGGCAGUAUGCAGUGCUGUGGUCGUAAUGGCCAAGCAGUCAAUACUGCCACACAAGAUUGUUGCAAUGGUCAGCCAGUGGAUAGAGCAUCCCCCACACAGCGAUGCUGCAAUGGAAACGCUGUUUAUAAUCCACAGACGCAAUCUUGCUGCCCAGGUGCAGGUGGGAAGAUGUCCGUGAAGACCGGCGCCACCUGCUCCUCAUCCGCACAGGCACGCCCUGCACCUCCAGCCGCGGCCAAGCCAGUGGCACGUCCCGCUUCCCCUGCCCAGCCUGGUCGCCCUACCCCAGCAGCACCUGCAGCACCUGCGGCUCCCGGCAACAGUCAGACAUCAGGUGGUGGUAAUGUGGCGCAGGGACAGGCAGCGGCCAUGGAACAGCUGCGAGCGUUCAUUAUGAAGAUGAUCCAGGGCGGACAGGUUCAGCCUGGUCAGAUACCAUGGCAACUGAUUCAGAUGCCAGGGAUGCAGCUGCCCGGAGUCUCACCAACAACAAAGCCAGCCCAAGCCAAACCAACAACCAAACCAUCCGCACCUGCAGGCCGUGUGGCUCUCCCAGGUCGUGCUGGUCGUCCUCAGGCGCGCCCUGUCGGUCUACCACCCAGACCUGGAGCACCCAGGACGCGGCCAGCCCAAACUAAACCCAAGACCAGCCCUACACCAGUGAUAGGCCGCCCUCUGCCCUCAAUGCCCAAAUAUCCCGGUCUUGUCCUGCCAGGAAAACCCAGCGCUCAACCUUCCCUGCCUGGCACACUGCCAGGAAAACCCAGCGCUCAACCGUCCCUGCCUGGCGCACUGCCCGGGAAACCCAGCGCUCAACCUUCCCUGCCUGGCGCACUGCCCGGGAAACCCAGAGUUCAACCUUCCCAGCCUGGUACACUACCCAUGCCAAACAGAGCAGGAAUUGAACCCACCAAAGCAUCUACAGAGGCCGCUCGAGGUCUCUCUGGUAGAACCACUCAGAAUGCGGAAGCAACGACUGCGCCGGCAGUGGUAGAGGGAACAACAGAGCCAGCCAACAACGCUGCUGCCGCUGCUGGAGCUACAAGCGAGUUCGCAGCUGCAGCUACCAGCCAAGCAGGCAACAGCGCAGCUAGAGUCGGACCAACCACCACCACUGCACCACCGGUUGUUUACCCAGGUGAAUUCUUCGCCGGAAAGAAGUAAAGACGUGAUCUAAAGCUUGUGAAGAAGUGCGUCGAGAACCAGCCAGUGCCGAGUGCUAUGGCACUGAGGGGAGAAUCGAUGACCAACCAUUAUGCAGUGUAAAUGUGCUGGAAGCAGUGGCACAGAUCGUCUCCUUACCGUUUUGUCUUGUUUGUCACAACACACACGCACACCGGAAUGACAAGUGAAAGCAGGUCACUUGUGUUAGCUGGCAACAUGGCACAAAUCGUGUGUGUGUGUGUGUAUGUCUUGUUCGUUUGUGCGUGUGUGUGUGGGUGUGCGCGCUAAUAAUUUAAACCCGCUCUUCGCCUUCGGUUAUCCUACCUCCACUCAGAACGCAGUUAAUGGUUUUAUUUCUACGUGCACAUAAUUAUAAUGAAAAUGAGAAUCUUCAUCUUUACCAGUAUUACCUAACUUACUGUAAAAUGUUAGCCUUGGCUAUGUGAAUCCGGAGUCACAUGCUUAACCUCCUGCCUUAUUAAAUAUUAUAUUUACCAUGAUUCUAAUAUUGAUUUCCGAUACAUUGGAGUCUGCUGAUUUUAAAAACACAGUAGACGAUCUCAAGAAUGUAGGACUCGUCCAAUUACGAGACGUAUCGGUUUUUUGAGCAAAGAACUAAUACUCUAUCACCUCCAA